UGCACAGACACGAAGCGAUUUGUCGCUGCGAUGUGUCGCCGCAACAUGUUGCUGCAAAUAGUCGCCGGACCUGUACACACGGAGUGAUCUGUCGCCGCUACUUGCUGCUGCAACUUGUCGCCUAGUGUGUAUCGACCUUAAGAAUGGUGAUUUCGGCGCGAUUUUUGUAACGGAGCGAAGCUAGCCCGCGCCGAUCUCUCAAGCGGAGAGUCACAUAUUGGAUAGGUGUUCAUACUAUGCCGGAUAGCUUUUCGUGUCGGAACGAACAGCUAUUUGUUAUAGUAUAAACAUAACCUAAGUUUCGAUUCUCUUGGUUAAUAUGUAAAUUAAAUUCCAGCGAGAAAGGCCAAACGAAGCGAACAUUCAAAUGUUCCACGAGCAUCUGCCAAUCACUUUACAUUGCAACAUCGUAAUCUGAUAGAGAAUGUAUUGACAGCGGCCAAAAUUCAAAUCAGAUUAGAUUUAGUAGCACGCUUUCGACUAAGUCACAAACUAAAAGGCAAUGAUUUGUUUAUUGUUUAUUCGUUUAUUGAUAGCGCCUUAGUAAAUUACAGGUUUGGCCAGCCUCUCUCCGAGCUUUGUUACACAUUUUUCAUAUUUUAGGCAGAAAAAAGAAGAAAAUUUAACAAGUUUCAAGUAUUACAAAGGAUACCAGGUGGUAAAUAAUUUUUCUCCUAAGACGAUUUUAGCCAAGACUCCACAGAUGCUCGAUCACAACAGCUAGGGAAUGUUAAAAAUUAUUCUAGAACGCUGGGACUUUAUUUACAGCAACAGCAUGGGGUAACAGUUUACUUUUCACAAAUGCUAGUCGCAUAUUGAAUUUAUUAAUGUCAUAGCGAAAAUUGCAAUCAGUUCUCUUUUAGGUCCGUGAAUUAAAUCAGCAAAAACUAAUUACUGGGUCAAAGCUAUAGAGUCAGCAAUCACCCCCUCCUUUUCGUGCUAAAUAACCUUGACCGAUUUGAUCAAAAUAGCCAUUCUUUGUUCAAGCUAACAAAGCUGAUUCAGGUGGUCAGUUGCAGUCAUCCAUUUCUUUCUUCAACGUCUACCGGCUCUUUUCAAUUUAUUCGCAGAACGUGAAAUUAACAUAAAUAAUGACCUCUCCGUACCCUGCAGCAUUAUUUAAUUGAGCUAUAAUCUGACCUACUCUCUCCCUCAGUGAUUGUACUAAUUGUAAUCGACGAAGACGCUUGCUGCAACUAUACUUGUCAGAUUCUCACUUACCAAAUAAGAACCUGCAAUAGGUAAGUACGUACUCAGAAAGUAGACCUUUGUCAAAAAAAAGUUUUCGCAAUCAAUAGAUGUAGACAGAAGAGUCCAGGAAAAAAUACUUACUCUCUAUCAUUGUGCCUGAGUUCUGAAAUUUAUACAGAUUUUGUUCAAGUUUGCGGACUGAAUUUAUGUUUAACUUGCAUGGUACUUUGUAUAUGACAUUUCCCUUUGAAAUCCCGAGUUGGUUAACAUCUUGUAAUACUUGUGUAAGCCUGGCGAAAUCUCAUUCUCUUCAUUAAUACCUUAUCUACCAAAUUAUAUGCAAACUUCAACAAAACUAACGUAGUUAAUCCGCAAACCCACCUCCUAAUGUGCGUGCUGGUAGCCGGUCAGUUCAGGCUAUUUUCUCUUUGUCUGCGGACCUUCUAUAGAUCGUUUUCAGUCACGUGUACAGGAGCUUUGCAAAUUGCUUGGAAUAAAAGAUAGUUUUUACAUGUGAAAAGGGUACAAUUCCCACAGGAUUUUUUUUGUACACAAACAUGGCGCCGAUUCAUUGUUUUGUACACAAAUAUGGCCACCGUGACGUCAUGUGAAAAAGAUCUAUCAUCAAGAAUUGAUUUCAAUUUUUGCGCGGACGACUAAACAAGGUCCGGAUUUGUCGCCAAAUUUUGGGCGAUGUAAUUUCCACGUCUUAGGUGGUUGUUUUGAUUUAUCCAGAUUUAUAGAAACUAAAUGAGUAAAUGUGAUCUAGGGAAAAUAUUAACGAGUCUAACGAGUGGUACUGUCCACAAAUGUAUCUCAUUUCGAUUCAAGCAUUUAAACGUUUCUUAACAAAGCAGGAGAGCAGUAAUAACGUAACUUCACAGUGUGAAUCGGUAACAUCUUUUUGGCAGUAACUUCCAGACGUAACUAAUCGACAUCAAUGAAAUCUAUGACGGCUCUACUGAAGAUACUUCAGGGCCUUCAAAUACCGUUGUUGCUGAAUAAUCAUGAAUAAAUAAAGCUCGUAUUGUGACAUUCAUGCCAAAGAAAUCUUUGUUUUUUUAUUUUUGAUUGGUAUGGUUUGCGUACCCGCGAGAUUAUAUCGAAACUAAUCAAUGACCAAUCAAUGAAUGAAAAUUUUGUGGCCUAUCGAUUAUUCAUCGAUCAUUCAUUGAAUAUCGGACAAAAUCAAUGACUAAUCAACUGAUUACCCAUCGAUUACCUAUUGAUGACUCAUUGAUUUCAUUGAUGUCAUUAAUGUCAUCGAUUAGUUACGUCUGGUAUUUGAAAUCAUUACCGUGAAACCCCACGACUAAGAACCUGGAUUUUUCCAAGUUAGCCUAAACAGGUUCUUACAUAAAUGGUAGUUAGCAGAAGUUUAGGCUAUUUAGGUUCUUAAAUAGGUCCUUAUUUUCUGAAACAGAAAUAAAAUUUAGGUAAGAGCAUUUAGUGGUUAAGCUUAUUCCUCACAUAAAAUCUGCAUACCAAAUCAGAAGUUAUGUAAAAAUGACCCUAAAAAGAAGAAAUAAAGUAUUGACCUCAUUGACGGGAUUGGCAUUUAAAUUGCAGUUGGAGUGAUAAGGCACCUAUUCCCUCAAAAGAGGAUACUGAAUAUUGACUUAUGUAAUAUUCGCUUAAGUAUACAGAAUUUUUCCAUAGAUUUUAGAAAAUAAGAACAGGUUUCAAAUUUCACGCUAAACAGGUUCUUAUGUAGAAGAGGUUUCACUGGCAAAUUUUAGGCGAACAGGUUCUUAAAAUCCAGGUUCUCAGUAGCGGGGUUUUACUGAAAGCGUCUAUUUGGUAAAAUAAAUCUUGAUUCAAAUCACAACAUCAUGAUUUGAAAUCCUCAAUUGCUUAUUAAGAACAUUCAUCUUAUCAUUUCAAAUUAAGUAUCACAAGUUUAAUAUCAGGCCUUUUAUCGUUUCAUGCAUCGCAUCUUUGAAACGAAAGAAAAAUCAUAUUUCAUGUCAAAUAAACCAUGAUCUAGGUUAAGAUAUAAUCAGAAACUCAUAAGGGGUUGAAACGUGUAACUCUCAUAUGUUUGCUUUGUCCGAUGCUCGUGAUUAUUCAUUUUCGAAAGUACCAUAUUUGGAACGAGAAGAAGAGACAACUGACUAAUCAAACUUCGUAAACAACGUGAAGUAAUUUUACUUCACCUUCCCGUGCCCGCUUGGCCGACAAACGGGGGCAAAACUCCCGAAAGCAGAGAAAGGUUUCAAAGGUUGAAACCAGGAAUCUUACCGAAACACUGAGCAGGAUAUUAUUGCCUCACCACCCGGGUCAAACAUAACAUUAUGAAACCCAUUGACGUCCUCGCAGCUUCUUCAAGGUGUCACUUCAAACAACGAUGCCUCGUUGACCCUCUGCACAGUAAACUUAUACUGCAAAUAGCCUUUUAAAAUUCUUAUAUUAAAAGUCUAGAAUAAACAGUAAAAAAUACUUUCGAAUAAAAUUUAUUAGCUGCGUAUCGAAAAGUGUCCAAAACCUGAACCUGACAUCUUCGCAAAAAGCGAUGCGUGUAAUGAAUGUGAGAAGCAUUUAACGGCGGGGCUAAAGUGCAGGUCACAGGUUACAGGUCACGUCACAGGUCACAGGUCAGGUUGCAGGCCACAGGUCACAGGUCAGGUCAAAGGUCACAGGCCACAGGUCAGGUCACAGGUCACACAAAAAACAAUGGGACACUGGACAAAACUGUUCUGGACUGACGUUUUACUAUACAAAAAUAAAAUAAGCCAAGGAACCUUGAUGAUAUUUUUGUCCUUUCAACAAUAUUAAAUUCCACACAUGGAAUAAUAUUUUCAUGCUGAUCAUACAGCAUAUCCAAACUUCGUAACGAAAUCACAAAGGUGUGCAAAAUCAUGUGAUUUGUACGAAAAACAAAUCACAUGUUUUUCACUGAAAACGACGUGUUGUCGUUUUAUUAGAAUGUCAUCUCCAAAUAAAUCAUGCAGCAAAGAUAACUUGGAGCGAGUCAUUGAAAUCCAGCACUGUAAUCCUUUGAUACAUCAGCAGUUUACAGAGUCGAACAUUCAAGUUGUAAUGGCGGAAUGCUCCCACCUAAGGCCCACGAGGCAAAUCUAACAGCGGUUUUUCAAGCUGUUGUGCAACAGAACGUGAGAAAAUGGCAAGCUCUUGGGAGAAGAGCCGAGAAAUAUGGUCUAGCAACUAUUCGAGAGGCCCAAAUAGCAUUGUCUGAAGUUCUUAACCGACUACACUUUAACACAGCAGUAUUUUGUGACUGGUACGAAACGCGAGCAACAGGCCGCCAUCUUCAAAAGAGAUGGAAGACCGAUCUAGUGGCAAGAAGAGUUUAGGGCGAGGAAAGUCUGAAGAAAAUUGCCAUAUUUCAGUGGUCUAAUAAGUUUUAGACUGUCCUUAAGUUUUUCUUCCGUUUUCCCGUCGAAUUCUUUUCAAAACAUCCACAAACACGUCAUGAUAUUCUUAACGCAACAACCCUUCGUUUUGAGACUCGUUUUUUCUAACAAGUCACGUGAUUUUGCGUACCUUUGUGAUUUCGUUACCAACUUUGGUUACGCUGUAACGCAAGUAGUCCUCCUUGCGUGAUCAACAUGAUUAUAUUUUCUCAUGUGUGGGAUUUGGUAAAGUUCAGAACAGAAAAAAUAUAAUUGAGGUUCCUUGGCUUGUUUUAUUUUUGUAUAAUAAAAUGUCAAUCAAAAACAGUUUUGUCCAGUGUCCCAUUGUUUUUGUGUCUGACCUGUGACCUGUGACCAGUGACCUGUGGUCUAACCAGUGACCUGGCCUGUGACCUGUGACCUUUAACCUGACCUGUGACCUGUGACCUGCACUUUAGCCCCGCCGAGCGUUUAAGCUUAAAUUCAGCUUGGAUGUUGUAGUCACGAUCGUGUUUUGAGCUAAUUUUAUGAAUGAACAAACUCAAAACAAUAGGCAGAGAAGCCGUUUCUUGAAAAUUUUUAUUCAAAAUUCAAAAAGUUAAUCCUUUAAAGCAAUUCGGAAAACACUAUCUGGAUCGUGGAUCCGUUCACGCAAGUGAAAUCAGCUGAGCACAUGGCAAAAUUCAACACAAAAUCCAUCUCAAAUUGGGACACAUUUUGUAAUUUUUCUUUAGCGCCGAAGCGAAAAAUUUAUAAAACGUCUAUGAAACAUUUAAAAAUACAUAAAUUCCCUUUCAAAAACGUAAUUGUCUUGGCUAUAGAGUGCAGAAUGUACCUGAAAAUUCAGCAAAAACUUCACUGCCCUUGUUGCAUUCCAAAACAGACCAUGCGCUCCGUCGUGAUGAAAACAAGGUUGAAUUCCUCGAAGGACGAUUUCUUGAUGAAAAGCUUCCCUUCCUCCAGAAAAAGAAAGCUGAGCAUUCUUUUAAACUUUCUCUUUCCAUUUUUUGUCUUUUAACGGUGUAUUUUUAACCUUGAAAUGCAGACCUCUUGUCUUAAAACAUCUGCAUGGUGCUCGCGUGGCGGCCAUUUGUUUAAAAUGGCUAUCUGCCACUAAGGUUUCCAAAUAUGGUAAAAGUGAAUAUUCACGAGCAUUGAACGCGAGUUACACGUUUCAACCCCUAAUGAGUUUUUGAUAUAAUUCAAUUUCAUAUCUAACCAAGGCAGGUAGUGUUACAGAUAGUUCAAGCUAAAAGUGCAUAAACAACUGGAAAUGGCGCAGAGAGCUUCACCAAGGACUGGUCGUAAAGAAAGUAUUGCAGAACUUGUAAAUGAUUUAGAGCUUCUCCGUGUGGAUACUAACGGUUAUCAGGAUACAAAGGACAGCAUGGUCAGGGCUCGAGACUUAAGGAUCGAAGAACUGAAAAAAAGUAAUGGAACUUUACUGGAGGUAUGCUUUUCCUAUGUUCAUAAAAAGGUCACAAUUUUAAAAAGUCCCGCCUCGAUAAUUCGGGCUUCCUUGAGACUACAAUUCGAGAAUGAUUAAGACAGUGGUUGAUGCGUUCUUUGGGGAUGUUCCGGAUGAGGAUUAAUGAUCCACGAUCACUCGGAUCCUGGUGAAUUAAAGGUACCGAUGAAUCCUUAACGAGAUUUACCAGGUCAUCGAGCAGGAAUGCUAUUACUUCUAUCUCUAAGCAAAGUAAAACUUAUAACGCUCAUUUUUCAUACGCGCGUGCCGCACAUGGAAUAUUCUGCCCCCUGAGUUACGCACUAAUCACAUUCCUCUGGCUCUUUUUAAACGUUUACUACUCCAAUACUACAUUAGGGCUCUAGAUCUGUACGACGCUGACGAAAUCAGAACCUGGAGAGCAAUCUGUCCCAGGUGCAAUAUAGCGAGGACUUUCCUGCGCCCGCCGUCGUGCUGCUUUUAGGAAUUUAAACGUCCGUCUUCGUAUUUUUUUUCCUGUUUACGUAUUGCAAGCUUAAGUCAUUAGUUACAUAUUUUAUUUAUAUAUAUAUGAUUUUUUUAACGUGGGAUCCACUGUAAUUGGCUAUGCUGUAGUGGUCACACUGCCUAAUAAUUUUAUGUAUAUAAUUAUUGUUUUCUAGUUAGGCCAAGCUAAAUAAAUCAAUAAAGUUGUUGAUUCGUUUUCGAAAUGUCCCUGAAUUAGAAGACCUCGUUUUAUGUCCGUGUACUUCAUCUGUUUUGGUGAAGAAAGAGCAAAUGCUUGGUGGUGAAAACUUACAUGAAAUAUCAUGCAUUAAAGUGGAAACGGUUUUAAAAUAAAGCAUGGCAGGAGACAGAAGAAAAGGCGUGCUCCCUUGUCUUAGAAAAAUAGAUUAAACGAAGGGCACGCUUCUGUAGCACUGACGAGUAAUUUGUGUUGGUAAGAAUUAGCAGCUUGUCCCCAAGAAACCAGUCCGUAGGCCAAAUAAGGGGGUAUCAUAGAGCAAUAUAAAAAGAAAAGAAAUAUAUAGACGAUGUUGUGACAAAAUCUAAAGGCGUAAGAACCUGGGAUCUUUAUUUCCAUUUUUCUUCGGCCUCCUUUCAUAAGGAACAAAUUCUUCCAAAAAUGCCUCUGAUUUAGCGCGAAAGAACGUUAUAUAUUACAAAAAUAAGUAGAAAUAGGAAGUACAGUGAUCAUGAUAGUACUAAGGAAGUGAAUGAUCUUUUUUUUUACGCAACGAGUUGUCUGUUGUGAGAGAGUUAGACUGUUCAGUAUCCCUUUUACUUAACGAGGGGUACAAUUUCCUGGGAAAAUGUUAAUGCUACUUAUUACUUUAUUUGUUCUUAUAGGGCUACGACAAGAUCGUGAAAGACCUUAAGCAAACUCGUAAGCGACGGCAUGUUUUAAAGGACUAUUAUUCGAAAAUAAAGGAAGUCCUUUCCGAUACGCAAGUAAUCUCCCUGCAAGAAGAGGCCGACUUUGUGAACAGAGCUGAGAAGUGCAACAAGGAUCUCGAAAACAAGAAAUUCACUGUCCUCGUAGCUGGUAAGCUUUCACAGAUUUAAGGGUAUUAUUUUUCCCCAUGUUUACUCGCGGCUUUGAAGACUAUCACCUUUAUAACAUUUUAUAAAUCUUAGCGAAUUUAUAUAUUCCGUUAAUAAACCUUUUAAUGUGACAGAGCUCUAACUACGAAAUCAAUCCCCAUGCAACCCAAACAAUUUUAAAUGCAAGUGGUAAAGGUGUAAAGCACGUUUCUAUAAGACGACAACACUUACUAACGUAAGUUUACUGAACUUUAUCUUCAACAGGAGAGACCAGCGCAGGGAAAAGUAGCCUGAUAAACCUGUUAUUAAAUGAACAAGUUCUUCCGACUGGCGUUCUACAAAAUACUCUAACUAUCUGUGAAAUAUCUUAUGGAGCCAAGCAAGAGGCAGUUAUACAUUUUGGUAACAAAGAAAAAACAUCCCUUAGGCUGGGGGAUAUCAAGUCUGACACCUUAAAACAAUUCAUCGAAAAACCGACCAAUGAUGAAGACUGGUGUGAAAAAAUUGAAAUCAAGACACCUAAUUCACUGUUGAAGGUAAUUUAAAAGACAAUAGUCAAUGAUCAUGGAUUUAAAUUUUCUCUGUCCGCUUUUGGUGGUUUUGAUAUUUUUACGAGUGAUAUGUGGUAAGGGUUUAGCAACUUUGUUUUUCUCAUUUGGACACGUUUUCGCCGUUACUGAUAGAGCCACGUCGCUGCAAAGCUGACCUAGAGCUCGGGAUUGUGUGCAGAUUACGUCACUGUACGAGUUGCUUCAGUGUUUUACUUGGAAAUUGAGCAUCUUGGGCUUUGGCUCAUCAGUUUUUCAGUCUCUUCUACAUCAGCACCGAUCGUAGAUAAAGGCUGAAAACGGUUUUCCAUUUUUUUUUCCGUGGUUCUUCUACUAAGUGCCAGUUGGAUGUUUCUUUUACCUCAUCCUCUCUCUAUACCUACACUGACUUUUCUUCCACACGUGUCGUGUCCGAGCUUACUGGAUUUACUAAUAUGAUUCCAGUGAGCCUCACGUCCUUAAAGGGUAGUAAUGGACAGCCAGCAGAUAAGGUAGAUAGCCAUAAUAUUAUCUGCUCCAUUGAUAAGUGCAUGGUAGUCUAUCCCAAAUCCUUCUUGAAUCUGACCACUUAAGACUACGAAGAAAAGCUCAGCUGAUGUGACGUAACUUUCAGCUUAGUUGUGUAUUCAACGUGGUCAAUGUCAUCUCAAAUCUCUUGGCACACUCUUGAUCUAAAAUUUUAUUCUCUUGCAGGGAGGUGUGGUCAUUGUAGACAGUCCGGGCAUUGGCGAUUCGGAGCAAGUCGGUAACAUUGCCUUGAAAUAUUUGACACAAGCCUUCGCCUUUAUCUACGUAAUCAACAGUCCGAAUGCAGGUGGAAUACAAGACGACAGGGUAAGUUGAACAGAGCAGCCAUUUCGUAGUUAUGGGCGCUUAAUUCGGGUUCGUUUUAAGAAAUGUAGGAAGAAACGUUUUGGAGUCCCUUAAGCUUAUGUCAGUUUUAUAAAGAGUCUUAUAUUAGCUGGUUCAUUGUUGUUAUACCAUACCUGCGUUUCAUUUGCGUUGCAAGCAAAACUUUGGUUCUCUCCAGUGAGGCGGGACUGGAAACCAAAAUUUCUGAACGGAAAUGAGACGUUAUAAAGCUUUGGUUGGAUUCGACCGACCGCGGGAACCACCUUUAGAGUUGAACCUGCGCUUUUCCCAAAAAAAUUCCAGUUGCACCGAUGGGAAGCCUCCCGUGUAUAUUUGGAAAAACAUUUCAAAAACUUUGGAAUGCAUGCACUUUAGGAAAACGAAUCACUGAACAAACGGAGCCACAAAGUAGUGUUUUCCAACUUUAAGGCCUGUACGCAAACUCACACGGAUGGUCUUGCCCAAACAUUUGAGGUGAUCAUUCAAUUUUGGUUAUUUUGUUUAGCUUAUGCGUAUUGUGAAGAAAUGGACAGAACUCUACGGAGAGGACCAAUGCAACGGCCUCACUUCUGAGUCUGCUUUGUUCGUGUGCAACAAGUGGGACGACGUCGAAAGGCAAACAAAGACCAAUCCCUCAGACAAAGAAAAAAUUAAAAAUAAAAUCAUCUGCGAACUCAAGAAAGAAGUCCCUAACCUUAAUCGGAAAUCCCAGGUAAUUGAAAUGUCAGUGCUCACUGCAGCCCAAAUCCAGCAGAAGUUUGGUGUUAUGAGUGAUGAUUUAAGCAGCCUCAUAAAUGGAUUACGACGCCUUCUUCCGCUUUGUCUCGAGAAGAAAACCGAACACUUUUACAGGUAAUUUAAGCCCCUGAAGAGAGUGCUUAAUACGAAAACCUCUUGGCCAAUAUUGCUAGUUUCCGUAUUACAUCAUCGGAAUUUAAAAUCAAAACCUACCAAGCCUUCUGAGUUCAUUAUCUUCAGACAAAAGAGCCACUGAAACCUUUUGAAUAUUAUCGUUUUAUCCGUCACACGUCAGCGAGAGUGCGACCGAAGACCUAUAGGGGUCUCCUAUUAUAGAGCUGUCAAGUACUGAAAAAACAGCAAAUAGAGAUCACUUAUACUUUGAUUUGUGUUUCCUGAAUAGUAUAUGUUUUAGGGGAUUUCCUCAGUACUAAAUUACAGAUAUUUGGUUACAAACUUGUGACAAACAGAUGAAGCUACCGACCGCACAGACCGGCAAAAAACAGUUUUUAACUAGUCAUUAAGCAGACACUGAACCCUUGCUAGUACCUAUCACAGAAAAUAUGGGAGGAUGUGUGUAAGACUUACGAAAGUUCGUGUCCCCUUAACAGACUUAACACGGGGUCCGUUUAUUGACAGAUUUCACCGUGUACUGUUUUAAGCUGAAACUAACGUUUUUCUCACAAUUUACCAGAAUGACAAGUGGCUGUCUCAAGUCCUUAUCUGAUCAGGUUAAGAUUGAAGUUAACAACGCAGGACGCAACCGAGAAGAGCGACGCAAAGCUCAACAAGACGUUGAAAAGAAGCUGGAUAAACUCAGACGAGGAUCCUUCAUAAAGGAGACUCAAGAAGCACUCUCCAAGCACUUGAACAAUAUUUCCGAGCAAGUCAGAUCCUAUUUUCUAGAGGAUGACGUAAGAAGAGCGUUUUGCCUAUGGGAAAAAAAGGAUCUGCCGCAAAUCGACAACAAUAAACGAGCGAAUGUGGAACACCUGAAAAAGAUUUACGACCAAUGUCUUGAGCAACGGUUGGAAAAUUUUCUCCAGACUCUUGAAAAGAGGGAUCAAUUAUUUGCCAAGGCUCACGAGGACUUGGAGGAGAGAUUUCGUCAAGGAUUCUUUGAAUUCGAGAAAGACGUACGAGACAUCGAUCGGGUCCUCGUUGGCGAAUCCACGGAGGACGCAUUAUUCCAAUUUGAGGUUGGUCCUGAUAAAUUGCGUUCUCCCUUGGAUGCAAGAGUUAAGAAAUUUAUUUUCCUGACAAGCGUCGUUUUCAUGCCAGUUCUGUUCCCAACUGGUUUAGCUGCAAGUGUUUUAUCCGCGUCGGUGAUUGGAUAUUUCGCUGUCGACAGAAUCCUGAACGAAAGGCAUCUGAGGGGUAAUCCCUGCCAAGUCCUAAGACAACUAUCCACACAGUUCCUUCAGAAAAACUGGAUUGAAGAAGUAAUUGUUGAUCGGAUUUCGCAAGAAUUUACCGAAGAGAGGGAACGCAUUUCUAGUAUCAGAGGAUGCUAUCGGGAGCAGCUUGACAAAUAUGAGAAGAAAUGCAAGGAUCUCACCAAAAGCGAGGAUGAAGAAACAAGAAAAUUGACUGUCGAGAGGCUUAUUCCUUUGUACGAAAAGCUUGAGAAUAUAAGUCAAAACCUAACCUUUGAUGCCAUUCAGCAUGGAAUACGUGUGAUGUCCCCUUCCUGGGAAAUUGACAAAAGUAUUCUUACUUACAAGGGGAAACUUGGGCUAGGCUCUUUUGCCGAAGUUUACAAGGGAGAGAUCAGCCUUUCAGGGCGUGAAGGAACUAAAGAAGUAGCUGUCAAAAAGCUAAAAGAAACUCCCCAGGCGAUAAACGUUGCGUACUUCCUCCAAGAAGCAAAAAUACUGAUGUAAGCUAGUUUCUUUCACAAAAGAGUUGAUUCGCCCUAAGCUAAUAGUUGAUUCGCUUCCGUUGGCGACCUUUCUACCUUCCAUGUCUGUGGAAUGAACUGUUGGCAGGCGUUUUAGAAAAAAAGAGAGAAGGGAGAAGGGGCAAAUAGGGUCUCCUCAGUGUUCUCGAACGCCAGAUGUUAUGCGUCCUACCUUUUGAUUGCCCGUGAGCAAAAUGUUAAAUAUUGAACUAAGAACUAAUAUAGAACUAAGCUUUCUGAGAAAAAGGGUAAGUUUGCUCCUUGCAAAAUUAGUUUCUAAACCAUUUAAAAAUUGUCAACUCUGACCACUGAGUUGUUAAGGGAGAUAAAAUAUUAUUUUUUGCAGGCAACUAAACCACAACCAUAUAGUGGGGUUACAUGGAGUAGUUAUGGAUGUCCAAAACUACCAACUGCGUUCCUUCGCCCUCGUCUUUGAGUUGUGCAAUGCAACUCUCAAGAAUCACAUCUUCCAAAACAGAGAAAAAAAACCGUGGGAGACAAAGAGCGCAGCAGUUAUCACAUGCCAAUGGGGUAUUGACAUUUUAGAUGCUCUGGAAUUCAUUCACGGCAAGAAAAUCGUUCAUCGGGAUCUUAAGCUUGCUAAUGUCUUAGUAAGUGAUGUAUUUCAAUUACUACACGGUCCACAAUUCUCCCUUGUAUCCUUUCAAACCGUGGACGCAAACGAUUAGCCUUGAAUCGUUCAGGGAUUUUUUGUGUACACUGGAACCUUAUUGUAGACCGCAAUGUCUUGUGUUGCUACUGAAAUUAAACUUAUGCUCGUUCUGCUGAGUAGUGUGCUAUUGAUGGUUGAAAUAACUCGUAUGGACUUACCUUGCGUGGCUAUAGUAAUAUUGUAGUGGACUCCUCCUCAGAGUCAACAAUUAGGGGCGCUGACCGUUUCUAUAGCGGUGAAUUUAUUUACGAUCAGGUUGUGUCAAUUUUUCUGAAAAGGGGAGACUAUUUUCCGAGUUUCCAAAAACCGUUUCAUGUUUUGGGCUUAUAAAGGUUCAUAUAUAUGGUUAAAUGACAAAAUUUUUGCUCACAGGGUUCUUGAGUAAUAACUGAGUUUUAAUAACAGGUACAUUUAUAUGCGAAAUAACGAAUAGUAGUAAGAGGGAAAUAGUUCUUUUCUUCAGACUGUGAGAUAACUAACACUCAUUCGUUUCAUUUUGCUAACUUUGCAUGAAAAUUGCUUAACAUUCGUUCUCAGAUCAACAAACACGAGCAAAUCAGAGUAGCAGACUUGGCGCUGGCCACCUUUAAAAACCAGAUGACGGGAACAUAUUGUGGGACACCACUGUACAUGGCUCCAGAGAUACGCCUCGAUGAACACAAAAUCUAUGAUUCCAAGGUGGACAUGUACAGCUUCGGGUUGAUGAUGUGGGAAAUGUGGUUUGGUCAAAUGGUUCCUUUUGAAGCGAUCUCCUGGAGUCAAGACGAGGUUACCCUUCAAAUAGACAAGAGGAAACAACGCGAAGAAAGACGCGGGGGUACACUCCACCCCCCUCCUACAAAAUGGAUCGAAUUGAUGGUGUCCUUGUGGAAUGCCGAGCCAUGCGUGAGGAAAACUGCGACGGAAAGUAAAGAACUAAUGAAGAAAGUUAAACAUUUUGCGAAGGAGUUAUAGCGAUUUUAAACUGAUAAAAGCAUCCUCGUUAAUGUUCACAUUGCGAGACGUGAAGACCUUUUUUUCUCUGUUUUUGAUGCCAUAUAGGUUGAGGUCAAAUGCAGUAAACUUACAAUAGACGAACGAUUAGGUAAGAUUUCCGUAUAGCUCCAUACAUUAUUGUGCAUACAUGUUUCGACUCUGUUGAUAUGAACGCUACUUGGGAG